AUGACGGCAUCAGGAGGUGGAGGAGGAGAAUCAUCGGCGGCGGCGGGAGCUGGAGCGGCGGGGAGAAUGCCGACGUGGAAGGAGAGAGAGAACAACAAGAGGAGAGAGCGACGUAGAAGAGCCAUAGCAGCUAAGAUAUUCACCGGACUCAGAUCUCAGGGCAAUUACAAACUCCCCAAGCAUUGUGACAACAAUGAGGUCCUCAAAGCUCUCUGCGUUGAAGCUGGUUGGAUCGUCCACGAAGACGGCACUAUUUACCGAAAGGGUUCCCGACCAACAGAAGCAACACCGCCGCGCGUGAGCGCGUGUUCGUCAAUCCAGCUCAGCCCGCAGUCAUCGGCCUUUCAAAGCCCAAUUCCGUCGUACCAAGCGAGCCCAGCCUCGUCGUCUUACCCAAGCCCGACCCGGUUCGAUCACAACCCCAACCGGUUCGACCCGAAUCAGUCCUCGACUUAUCUCAUCCCUUACCUCCAAAACCUCGCUUCGUCGGGAAAUCUAGCUCCUCUCCGAAUUUCCAAUAGUGCCCCUGUCACGCCUCCGAUUUCAUCACCUCGAGGCUCAAAUCCGAGACUCCCGAGAUGGCAGAUCAGCAAUUUCGCAGUGUCAGCUCCGUCGAGCCCAACACGACGGCUCCACCACUACACAUCGAUCCCCGAAUGCGACGAAUCUGAUGUCUCGACGGUCGAUUCGUGUCGAUGGACCAGUUUCCAACCGGUAAACGUUUCUCAGACAUGUCCGCCGUCUCCGACUUUUAACCUCGUCAAAAACAGCGUUUGUGUCAGCGGUAGUCGUAGCGGUAGCGGCGGAGGAGAAAUGACGGUGAAGCCUUGGGAAGGUGAGAAGAUUCACGAUGUUGGUAUCGAUGACUUGGAGCUGACGUUAGGUAACGCCAAAGGACGCGGCUGA